ACGAAAGGCCGGUCGGUUGUGUUCUCCUCUGUCUGCGGGAACAUCGAGUUUCUCUUAAAAAAGUAAAAUAGUUUUACAGAAAGAGAGAAACCGAGAGGGAGAUGUCGGCUUUUGCGGAUGAUUAUGGGGCGGAGUAUGAUCCAUAUGCCUACAACGCUGAUUAUGACCUCCAUACAGGUGACCCUAAGCAGGACCUUGCAUAUGAACGUCAAUAUGAACAGCAAACGUAUCAUGUGAUCCCGGAAGUCAUCAAAAAUUUCAUCCAGUACUUCCAUAAAACUGUCACUGACCUGAUUGACCAAAAGGUUUAUGAGUUACAAUCUAACCGUGUUUCCAGUGAUGUAAUUGAACAGAAACUUUAUGAAAUUCAGGAUAUCUACGAAAACAGCUGGAAUAAACUGACGGAAAGGUUCUUCAAAAACUCCCCUUGGCCUGAGGCUGAAGCUAUUGCAUCCAUAUGUCGAAAUGAUGCUGUCUUCCUCAUUCUAUACAAGGAACUCUACUACAGACACAUUUAUGCUAAAGUCAGCGGAGGACCUACAUUGGAGCAGAGGUUUGAAUCCUAUUACAAUUACUGCAAUCUGUUCAACUACAUUCUGAAUGCAGAUGGUCCAGUUCCCCUGGAGCUCCCAAACCAAUGGCUGUGGGACAUCAUCGAUGAGUUCAUAUAUCAGUUCCAGUCUUUCAGUCAGUACCGCUGCAAAACAGCCAAAAAGACAGACGAGGAAAUUGACUUCCUGCGGUCAAAUCCCAAAAUCUGGAAUGUUCACAGUGUCCUCAAUGUCCUUCAUUCACUGGUUGACAAAUCCAACAUCAACCGGCAACUGGAGGUCUACACCAGCGGAGGCGAUCCUGAGAGUGUUGCUGGGGAGUAUGGACGUCACUCUCUAUAUAAAAUGCUAGGAUAUUUCAGCCUGGUAGGACUUCUGCGCCUCCACUCACUUCUUGGAGAUUACUACCAGGCUAUCAAAGUACUCGAGAAUAUUGAACUCAAUAAAAAGAGCAUGUACUCCCGAGUACCAGAGUGUCAGGUUACAACUUAUUAUUACGUGGGCUUCGCAUACCUGAUGAUGCGUCGUUACCAGGAUUCUAUUCGUGUGUUUGCCAACAUUUUGCUGUAUAUUCAGAGGACCAAGAACAUGUUUCAACGUUCAACCUACAAAUAUGAGAUGAUAAACAAACAGAAUGAACAGAUGCAUAGUCUGUUGGCAAUUGCCUUGACACUAUACCCGAUGAGGAUCGAUGAGAGCAUCCACACACAGCUACGAGAGAAAUAUGGAGACAAAAUGCUGCGUAUGCAGAAAGGUGAGAUGCAGAUUUUUGAGGAGCUGUUCAGCUUUGCUUGUCCCAAGUUCCUGUCACCAGUGGUACCAAAUUAUGAGUCGGUCCAUCCUAACUACCAUAAGGAGCCAUUCCUGCAACAGCUGAAAGUGUUUAUGGAUGAGGUGCAGCAACAGUCUGUACUGUCCACUAUACGUAGUUUCUUAAAGCUGUAUACUACCAUGCCUGUUGUCAAACUGGCUGGAUUCCUAGACAUGACCGAGCAGGAGUUCCGCAUCAAUCUCCUGGUGUUCAAGCACAAGAUGAAGAACCUGGUGUGGACAAGUGGGAUCUCGGCCCUGGACGGUGAAUUUCAAUCUGCUUCGGAGGUUGACUUCUACAUCGAUAAGGAUAUGAUCCACAUCGCAGACACCAAAGUGGCACGGCGAUAUGGUGACUUCUUCAUCAGGCAGAUUCACAAAUUUGAAGAGCUCAACAGAAGCUUGAAGAAAAUCAACCCCCGGUAAUGGAACUUCUGUACCCACAGCAGCACACAGUCACUCGAUAAAGAACACAAUGAACGAUGGUUGCCUUGCAAGUUCUCCUGUAGCUAGUGCUUUUGAUUUCUGAAUGGCCAGCCAUGUUGCCCAGUUGCAUGUGGUCCGGAGAUCAAUUACGUCAGAGCUCUCAAACUACCACUUAGACCUUGGGAACAAAAUUUUUUGAUCUUCUAUACAAUAUGAUAAAGGAUCCUGGAGAUCUGAAACUAACAAGAACAGCAUUUGCUGGAGAAACUCAGCAGGUCUGGCAGCAUCUGUGAAAGAGAGAAACAGGCUCAGUGUUUCAGGUUCCAAUGGCCCUUCAUUAGAUGAUUCUGAAGAAUUGUCAGUAGACUUAAAACAUGGAGCCUGUUUCUCUCUUUCACAGAUGCUGCCAGACCUCUUGAGUUUCUCCAGCAAAUUCCAUUCUUGUUUAUUUGCCUUCUUUCUUGUUUUAUACUGUAUACAGCUCAAAAUCUUAGCCUGCUUUCAUUUUCCUCUGUGAGCUGGUGCAGGCUGUUUGUGAGAGAUGUUGUAAUACUGGAGAGGGAAAAUAAUUCAGUCUUCUGAAUGAAUUGAUAAUGGAACAUUUUAAAAAAAAACAGAAUGCCUCGGGCUGUAUGCAUUAUAAAAUAAUAACUGGUUACUAUUAUUACAAAUCUUUAGAUGUGAUACAAUCCUAAGUGAAUCAGAUCUCAUGAUACUCUAAUCUUUUGGUGUUCUGUAUAAAUGCAGACAAUGCCACAAAAACACACAUUUUUGAUGCCCAUCUCUUGAUGAAUUUUCUGGUGAAUUUGCACUCUGUGGACUGAGAUGUCACGGUCCAGUUACUCUGAACAGCUGGUUACGAAUGGAUCCACCAGCUCUCUACAAACCACCUCCUUGCCUCUAAUCUAUUCAUGACUGGUUUCACGUCCAUUGAUAGUCUGGGUGUGUUUGGAUAUUCAAAAUAACACCAAAUCUUUCAAUAAAUAUGUAGUUGCCUUCUCUGUGUUUUAUCUCAGGAUAUUAACUUAAAGCUGAAUAUUGCAUGUAGCGGAUUGUUGAGUGAAACCCAGAGCACGCAAUGAAAUCUCACCAAUGUUUGGAUAAAAUAAAAAAAUGCAACCGA